CGGGAAACCGUAGCAGCACCCUUGGAAAUAACAAACUUGUGAGAUCUCACUAACCUACAGAUCCUUUCUGACUAAGACAAGACAAUCUGCGACAUACUAUCUGGCUAAAAAUCAGUUUGUUGCUUGGAAUCCAGAUUCCGACAGAGUACCGCAAACCACAGACAGGCCCUAUGUGAACUUGACAAAAGAGAUUAGAAGAUCUAAGUCAUCAUAUCCUGGUGAUUAAAAGUCAGACAACAUGGGGCCAGGAGAGGAAGCAGCAGGAGAACAAAGUGGAACUUUACAAUGCACAUUGCGAGAAACAUGGAAACAAAUGCCACUAACAGUGAUAGCAGUGACAGUCACAGUUGUUGCAGUAGUAGUAGCAAUGGCAGGAACAACAAUAGCUGAAGCAGUAGUAGGAGCAGCAGCAGGAGCAGCAGCUGGAGUAAGCAUUUUACAAUUACUAUGGGAAGCAGAAGCAAAAACAGGAGCAGUAGCAGUGAUAGCGGUAGCAGGAGGCCUAGCAGGAACAACAGCAGCAAUAUUGCGAUCAUUGGUAGGAGUACAAUCACUAACAGCAUCAGCAAUAGCUGGAGCAAUGGCAGGAGCUGCAGUAGUAGCAAUAGCAAGAGCACAAUUACAAUGGGUGGUAAAUAAAAUACAGUGGGCAAUAAAUAAGCUACAGUGGGUUUUAGUCCUGGUAAAUAGAGUAAAAGCAGCAGUACAGUGGUGUAGAAAUGUAUUACCGACUGCAACACUAAUUGUAGGAUCAGGAUCAGCAGCAAUAGCAGCAGCUGCAUCACAGGCAGAAACAGCAGCAUCAGGAGGUACAUCACAAACAGAAUCAGCAGCAUCACAAGGAGAAACAGCUGCAUUAAGACGAUCAUCACAAGCAGAAACGGUAGCAUCACAAGCAGAAUCAGUAGAAUCACAUGCAGAAUCAUCAGCAGAAGCACUACAAGCAGAAUCAUCAGCAUCAGGAGGAGCAUCACAUGCAAAAUCACCAUCAUCACAAGCAGAAUCAGCAGCAUCACAUACAGAAUCAUCAGCAUCAGGAGGAGCAUCACAGGCAGAAUCACCAUCAUCACAAGCAGAAUCAGCAGCAUCACAUACAGAAUCAGCAGCAUCAGGAGAAGCAUCACAGGCAGAAUCAGUAGCAUCACAUGCGGAAUCAGCAGCAUCAGGAGGAGCAUCACAGGCAGAAUCAGUAGCAUCACAUGCGGAGUCAGGAUCGACAGGAGGAGCAUCACAAGCAGAAUCAGCAUCAGCAGAAUUAGUAGCAUCACAUGCAGAAUCAGCAUCAUCAGGACAAGCAUCACAAGCAGAAUCAUUAGUAUCACAGGCAGAAUCAGCAGCAUCACAUGCGGAAUCAGCAGCAUCAGGAGGAGCAUCACAGGCAGAAUCAGUAGCAUCACAUGCGGAGUCAGCAUCGACAGGAGGAGCAUCACAAGCAGAAUCAGCAUCAGCAGAAUUAGUAGCAUCACAUGCAGAAUCAACAUCAUCAGGACAAGCAUCACAAGCAGAAUCACUAGUAUCACAGGCAGAAUCAGCAGCAUCACAAGCAGAAACAGCAGCAUCACAUGCAGAAUCAGCAGCAUCACAAGCAGAAUCAUCAGCAUCAGGGGGAGUAUCAUAUGCAGAAUCAGUAACAUCACAAGCAGAAUCAGCAGCAUCACAAGCAGAAACAGCAGCAUCACAUGCAGAAUCAGCAGCAUCACAAGCAGAAUCAUCAUCAUCAGGAGGAGUAUCAUAUGCAGAAUCAGUAACAUCACAAGCAGAAUCAGCAUCAUCAGGGGUAGCAUCACGAGCAGAAUCCAUAGCACCACAUGCAGAAUCAGCAUCAUCACAAGCAGAAUCAGCAGCAUCACAUGCAGAAUCAGCAUCAACAGAAGGAGCAUUACAAACAGAAUCAGUAGUAUCACAUGCAAAAUCAUCAGCAUCACCAGCAGAAUCACCAUCAUCACAAGCAGAAUCAGCAGCAUCACAUACAGAAUCAGCAGCAUCACAUACAGAAUCAGCAGCAUCAGGAAGAGCAUCACAGGCAGAAUCACCAUCAUCACAAGCAGAAUCAGCAGCAUCACAUACAGAAUCAGCAGCAUCAGGAGGAGCAUCACAGGCAGAAACAGUAACAUCACAAGCAGAAUCAGCAUCAUCAGGGGGAGCAUCACGAGCAGAAUCCAUAGCAUCACGUGCAGAAUCAGCAUCAUCACAAGCAGAAUCAGUAGCAUCACAUGCAGAAUCAGCCUUGACAGAAGGAGCAUUACAAACAGAAUCAGUAGUAUCGCAUGCAAAAUCAUCAGCAUCACCAGCAGAAUCAGCAUCAUCACAUGCAAAAUCAGCAUCAUCAAGAGAAGCAUCACAAACAGAAUCAGCAACAUCACAUGCAGAAUCAGUAUCAUCACAAGCAGAAUCAGUAGCAUCACAUGCAGAAUCAGCAUCAUCAGGAGAAGCAUCACAAGCAGAAUCGGCAGUAUCACAUGCAGAAUCACUAGCAUCAGGAGGAACAUCACAAGCAGAAUUAGCAGCAUCACAAGCAGAAACAGCAACAUCACAAGCAGAAUCAGCAGCAUCACAAGCAGAAACAGCAACAUCACAAGCAGAAUCAGCAGCAUCAGGAGGAGCAUCACAAACACAAUCAGCAUCAGCAGAAUCGGUAGCAUCACAUGCAGAGUCAGCUUCAUCAAGAGGAGAAUCACAAACACAAUCAGCAUUAUCACAUGCAAAAUCAGUAUCAUCAGGAGGAGCGUCACAAGCAAAAUCAGUAGCACCACAUGCAGAAUCAGCAGCAUCAAAAGCAUCAUCAGUAGCAUCACAAGCAGAAUUAGCAGCAUCAGGACAAGCAUUACAGGCAGUAUCAGGAUUAGCAGCACUGGGAAUAUCAGCAGCAUCAGGAGGAGCAGCACUGGGGUUAUCAGCAGCAUCAGGAGGAGCAGCACUAGGAAUACCAGCAGCAUCAGGAGGAGCAGCACUGGGAAUAUCAACAGCAUCAGGAGGAGCAGCACUGGGGUUAUCAGCAGCAUCAGGAUUAGCAGCACUGGGAAUAUCAACAGCAUCAGGAGGAGCAGCACUGGGGUUAUCAGCAGCAUCAGGAGGAGCAGCACUGGGAAUAUCAACAGCAUCAGGAGGAGCAGCACUGGGAAUAUCAACAGCAUCAGGAGGAGCAGCACUGGGGUUAUCAGCAGCAUCAGGAGGAGCAGCACUGGGAAUACCAGCAGCAUCAGGAGGAGCAGCACUGGGAAUACCAGCAGCAUCAGGAGGAACCUCACUGAACACUCGAGUAUUAGGACUUGUGGCAGGAGCAAAAUCUGCAAUUUUUGGAUCACACAGGAAAAGACAAUUACAGACAGAAGCAGUACAGAUGAGAGACAAAUCUUCACAGACAGACAGGUCAUGGGCAGAAAAGAAAACUGAAAGACCUCUUCAAAUUCCAGAUGAGGAAAAGUGUGUAACAGAAAACAGAAUACCUGAGCAAAUGACUGAAGACAAGGAUAUUCAAACCACAGAAGUCAGACCAGAUCAACACCUACAGCAGGAAAAACCUGGAAUAGAAAAAAUACAGCAACUGUUUCACAAACUUCAUCUUGAAGGCGGGUGCCACAAGAAACUGAGCACUGCAGAUGUUCUGCAGAUAACUAAACAUUCAUUACAGGUCCAUAACUCGUGUGCUGAGGAGGAGCUGAUUCAGAUGUUUCUACAAGAACUACUCAAGAUGAACUACAGAGCAAGAUACAUUAAUGUUAAUGUUAAUCAAGCCAGUGAACAAGAUGAAACACAACACAGAGACAAUGACUCAUCUGAAGACAGUGGUGAUAUAUUCCAAGCAGUGUCUUUGUCAAACAAAGGAACUAGCCGAUUUGAGCGAAUUCACCCGAUGGAUGUUCAGAUGGCCAUGUUUCAUUGUGCUGAUGGUUUCCUGAAGCAGCUGAUGGUGACUAAACUGUCCCAGUGUCAGUACGCUCUGCCUCUGCUUGUUCCUGAUCCAUUCACACGACAGAUUGAGUUUCCUCUCUGGACAUUCAGACAAGUCAACAAGAGCUGGAAGAUCAGAAACACCAGCAAUGAAAUCAUCAGUCAAACCCAGCCGAUCUACAAGGCAGAAACUCAAAUGGUGUUUUUCUUCAGGUUUGGCUCUGUGUCUUCAUCCAAGUCUCAGCUGAUGAACAGUCUGAUCAAUGACAAACACAACACGUUCUUCCACAGGAACUGUCCAGGCAGCAGCAGAACCAGAGUCCUGAUGGAUGGAGUGGUGGAGAUCGCCUGGUUCUGCCCCUCUGGAACAAAUGAUGAUAAAUUCACUGACUGUGUUGCGUUCUGUAAUCUACACGGUGAUGCAGGAGACCAUGAGAAACAGCUGCAGAUCCUCACUGAAAUGGCCUCAGUCAAUGUUAUUUUUCUACCACAACUUGACAAGAAUGACAGAAGUGCAGCAAUAAUCCAAAACCUGUACACAAUCAGAAAGCCACUCAUUUGUAUUUUUAGUGAGGAUGAAUCUUCUGUCACUGAGAUGAAGAAAGGGAAAUUCAAAAUCGGUCUAAAGGAAAGAAGUCAGUCAGAUGUAUCUGAAGAACUCAGAAGAACUAUAAAUGAUUGUCUCUCACAAUCAUCUUCCACUUUCAGACUUGAAGAUGUGUCCAAACACUCAGACAUCAUAGUAGAUGAGGAAGAUGAUGAUGCCUGCAGGAGAGGAAGAGAAGCAGCACAGCAAAUGAUGAGUUUACUGGAGAAGAAAGAUCUGACUGAAACCAAGGAAUCAUUUCUGCCUCAUCAGGGGAAACUGUGGCAUCAGUGGAGUCAGAAGAACAAAGAACUACAUCGACCUCAAGCAGAAAAGAAAGAAAUAGAUAUCAGUAGAACACAAAAUGAAAUGAUGAAUAUCCGACAACGGCAGCAUGAAUUUAAAAUCAGUGAGUUUAUAAAGUUGUUCAUUAAAAAAAUGAACUCACAUGCUGAACAUGAAAAAAUGUUUUUCCUUAAAUGGCUCAGAAUGCUCCUGGAUGAAUAUAUCUCAGAACUUUCUGCUGUACAUCAUAAAUAUGAUGAAUAUUUUUCAACAGUUGUAAAACUGAAAGAGGAUCAUGCUAAGUCUGAAAAACUGACAGCUGAACAAAUAGGCCAUGACAAAAUAUCUGUGAAUCUUCAAGCUGCAGCCUUUGGUUUAGAGCACAUCAUGAGGGAGAUCGGUCAGAUCUAUGAAUCAUGUUCGUCUGUGAAGAAGAACAAGAAAGACCUGCAGAUUGACUUCUCUUCUCUUCCAAGUCUUGCAGCAGAGAUGAUGAUCUCUGGAUUUCCACUGGAGCUGAUGGAUGGAGAUGCUGCUCAUGUUCCUGUGAUCUGGAUCUCUGCUGUUCUAGAUCAACUCAUCCAGAAACUGGGAGACCAGAGAGUCUUUGUGCUGUCAGUUUUAGGGAUUCAGAGCUCUGGGAAAUCCACCAUGCUGAAUGCCAUGUUUGGACUCCAGUUUGCGGUCAGUGCUGGCAGGUGCACCAGAGGAGCUUUCAUGCAGCUGAUCAAAGUGUCUGAUGAGAUGAAAACACAGAUGAACAAUGACUAUAUUCUGGUUGUUGAUACUGAGGGCCUUCGUGCUCCAGAACUGGCUGGAAGAUUAACAAGACAUCAUGACAAUGAAUUGGCCACAUUUGUCGUUGGAAUUGGGAAUUUGACAUUGAUCAACAUCUUUGGAGAAAACCCAUCUGAGAUGCAGGACAUUCUUAAGAUUGUUGUUCAGGCCUUCAUGAGGAUGAAGAAGGUCAGACUGAAUCCCAGCUGUGUGUUUGUGCAUCAGAACGUUUCAGACGUCACAGCUGGAGAGAAAAACUUGGAGGGAAAGAGAAAAUUACAGCAGACACUGGAUGAGAUGACAAAACAUGCUGCUAAAGAUGAAGUUUAUGAUGCAGAAUGUUUCAGUGAUGUGAUGGAAUUUGAUAUACAGAAAGACGUGAAGUAUUUCGCUCGGCUCUGGGAGGGCAGACCACCAAUGGCAACACCAAACCCAGAUUACUGUGAAAAUAUUCAAGAACUAAAGAAAUAUAUUCUUUUUCAUGCUGCAAAUUCACAUGGAAUGAUACUGACACACUUAAAAGUUUGUAUUAAAGAUCUCUGGGAGGCUUUACUGAAUGAAAGAUUCGUCUUCAGAUUCAGAAAUUCUCUGGAGAUUUCAGCCUACAGGAAACUGGAGACUGAAUACAGCAAGUGGUCUUGGAGUCUUCGCAGUGCCAUGAUGGAAACUGAAAAUAAACUACAUAACAAAAUAGAAAAUGAAGCAGUUCAUGAGAUUGAGGAAACUGAUUUGCAAAAAGAACUGAAGAAGACAAGAGAAGAAGUGGAAAAAUCAAUGUCAGAAUUCUUUGAGAAAUAUAAAGACAUACUGAUUCACUGGAAAACAUCAUUUGAAGUCAAAAUGAAAGAGCUUCAGGAAAACAUUGUGAGGGAAACAGAGAGGAAAUUAAAUGAGAUUCUUCUUCAGCAAGACCUGAAGAAAAAGAUUGAAGCACAGAGGACACAGCAUGAAAACACUCUCUAUGAAAAGAGCACAGAACUUGCCUUAAAACUCAAAGACAAAGCAAAUGAUGAAAAAACACUGAAGAAAGAGUUUGAUUUGCUUUGGAAAAAGAAUAUGAAGAAAAUCAUCAGAGACACUCCUGCAAUCAAAGAAUUACACAUAAUGAAAGAUGUGAGAAAGAUACUCAGUGACGCCUAUGGAAGUUCUACUGUAGACCACUGGAGGGAGAGGAGUGAUAUUUUCUCAGCGUUGAGUUACUAUGUUUAUGUAAAGGUAAAAAGAUCUGGUGGAUAUUUUACAAAUGCCAUCAAAUCUGCUAAAGAUAGGUUUGUUUAUGCUCUAUCAAAAGAGAAUGAAUUCCAAAUAAAAUCAAUAAUCACAGAUGUUGCUCUACAGACAGACAAAAUGAUUCAGUCAUUUAACAUUUCAAAGAUGGGCUACAACAAAAGCUGCACUGAACAACUCACAGAUUACAUCAUUAAGAGAGUAAAAGAACAUGAGGAAGGACCAGUGAAGUAUGUGUUCAAGAAAGAAUUCUUCAUUGAUUUGGUUCUUUCCAUCUGUAUGAGAGCAAACAAGAUGAUCACUGACCAACACAGGAUGUUUAGAGAAGCCAAUGAUCCUGUAAUAUAUGUUGAGAAGAAGAGAGAAGAGUACUAUAGUAUUUUCCAGAAAUACUGCCAUAAAGCAACAUCAGCUGUUAUUUUUGGUAAGAUUAUGUGUCAGAAACUCAAAGAGCCCAUUGAACAGAGUGUCUACAAGAAGACUGCCAGAGAUCUGACAGAUGAAAUGAGAUCAAACUGUGAAUCACUGAAUGGAAACAGAUCAAAUCUGGAGAAACACAUCCUGAAGACACUGGUAGAAGAGGAGGAUUUCGACAAAUACAUGAACUAUAUUAAAACUCCCAGAGAUCACUUCAAGAGUUUCAUCAGAGAUGAAGUCAGUCAGUACAUCACUGAUAAGUUCAGUGUCAGUGUUUUACCCAAGAUGAAGGAGAACAUUAAACUCCUGCAGCAGAAGAUCAUGAAAGCAGCUCAUGAAUCUACUGAACAUGUUCAAGUCAACAGUGGAGAUGUUGGUUUGUGGUUGAAGAGUUUCACACAGCAGCUCUCAGAUGAGCUGAUCUUCUCUGAAAAAGACCUCAGUGGAGUCAAACAUGAUGAUUUUCAUGAUUUCAACCUCCUAGAAGAUGUGAUAAAACAAGAACUUACUGCUCUAAUCUCUGACAUCAGCAAUAGAUUCAGCAUAUUGAAAUUUCCAGUAAAUCUGGACUAUAAAUUCAGGCCAGAUGAGCUUCUGAUUGAUCACUUCUGUCAGUGCUGUUGGGUUCAGUGUCCGUUUUGUGGAGCCACCUGCACCAGCACCAUAGAAAACCAUGAUGGAGAUCACAGUGUUGACUUCCACAGAGUGUCUGGAAUUAUAGGAUUGACAUACAUUGGAACAAGAAACUUGGCUCUUCAAAUCUGCACAUCAGCAGUAGCAAGCAGCAGUCAGUAUUUUUAUCACGAUGACUCAGGUGACGCAAUCCCUUUUACAGAAUACAGAAGAGCAGGAGAAGUUUUUGCAGACUGGAGCAUCUCCCCUGAUCUUUCUGAACUGCCCUACUGGAAGUGGUUUGUGUACAGAUUCAAAGACGAUCUGGAAAAGCACUACGAUAAAACAUUUGAGAGGAGUGGUGAGAUUACAGAUGAAUGGAGAAAAUACUCAAAACAGGAAGCUAUUGAGAGUUUGGAUCAAUAUAUUUAAUGAAGCAGAUACAGAAUGAAACUGUACCUUGCUGGGUUCUCCUAAGAUCACAGUCAGAAAAUAAUUUCUAUUACACAUGAAGUCAUUAACAUUAGGUUUUAAAGACAACACCCAAUCUAAAAAAGUGUUCAAUUCUAGAAGUGUUGAACUGUCAUUUUUUUGCCGUAACAUUACACCCUUCAUGUUUUCAUUAUGUAUAUGUUUUCAUUAAGUAUUAUAUGUAAUAGCCUUUUAGUAGAUUAGUUAAUGUUUUCAUUGGCUAAACAUAAUAAUAUCUAAUAUAUCAUGCUAAUUUUGUUAUACUCAUUUUUGUCUCCUUUUUCUGGACUGACUGUGAGUGAGAAAGACUGGUAAGACAUACUAAAAGUAAGUAUUAUUGUACAUUUAUUCACCCAUUUGGAACAUUUCAACAUUACAGUACAACCAGCACCCUGCUGUUAAUUCACAGAGUGAGAGAGUCUUAUAUACCAAGCAGAAUAUACCAAGUUCCUAUGGAAUUGUUCAGCUUUUAAGAACGACCUGUUUCUCCAGUAGUAGGCGAGACUAAAGCGGAAACGGCAAUCUCAUUGUCUGGCGCUCAAUUAUUAUCGUCCUUGUUUUUAUUUUAGCAAAUCAGUCCGAGUGAAAAGACAACAUUUAUUCACCCAUUUGAAACUUUCAACAUUACUGCCAAUACCAGCACACUUCUGUUAUGUUCUGUUAUAUUAUAAAAAUAAA